AUGUCUUCCGCGACUUCGUUCUACGAUUUCAAGCCAAUGGAUAAGAAGGGCAAACCCUUCCCGAUCUCCAGCCUCAAGAACAAAGUCGUCCUCGUCGUCAACACGGCCUCCAAAUGCGGCUUCACGCCACAAUUCCAAGGCCUAGAGAAGCUCUACAAGGAGCUCAAAGCAAAACACCCCAAUGACUUCGAGAUCCUCGGCUUCCCCUGCAACCAAUUCGGCGCCCAGGACCCGGGCACCAACGCCGAGAUCCAGGAGUUCUGCCAGGUCAACUACGGCGUCUCCUUCCCGAUCUUGGGCAAGCUGGAUGUUAAUGGGCCCGAGGCGGACCCGAUGUUUGAGUGGCUCAAGAAGGAGUGGCCCGGCGUUAUGGGGUUGAAGAGGGUCAAGUGGAAUUUUGAGAAAUUUUUGGUGGGGAGGGAUGGUGUGGUUAAGGGGCGCUGGGCGAGUACGACGACGCCGGAGUAUUUGAAGGGGGUUAUUGAGAAGGAGAUUCAGGCGAAGGCGUAG